AUGAAGGCUUCGUCUCCGAGCGUGAGAGCGAUUUUCAUCUUGGACAGCGAUGGCAAUCGCGUCUGUGCCAAGUACUACGAUAAGCUGUACCCCACGCAGAAGGAGCAGCUAGCACUGGAGAAGAAGCUGUUCACCAAGACGAAGAACGCGAACGCGCGUCUAGAAGCUGACAUUAUCCUCAUUGAAAACGUCGUGAGCGUGUACCGCUGUGGCUCCGACACGACGAUGCACGUGAUUGGAUCUGCUUUGGAAAACGAGCUCAUCCUUUUGACAGUGCUGGAUGCAGCCUUCGACACGGCCAGCAACUUGCUCAAGGGGAGGAUGGAUCGUCAUGUGAUGCUAGACAACAUCGAGCUAGUGUUACUCACGUUUGACGAGGUUGUUGAUGGGGGGAUCAUCCUAGAGGUCGACACGCCGUCAAUCGCGAACCGCGUGCUUAUGCGCGGCAUCGACAACGAAGUCCCUGUGGCAGAACUCACCAUUUCGCAGGCGUUUGCAUCGGCCCGCGAGCAGUUUUCGCGCUCGUUCCGCAGCUAA